AUGGCAUAUUCAGAGUGGAGCGGCAUGUCACUGGCGUGGUGCCGAUGUGCGUGGGUGAAAUGUUCACGUCGCUGCUCGACGUGCGGCAGGCUAUCAGCUUGGAGAGGAAGCUGAUCGACGACCUGAGGACCUACAUCGAUCGUGAGUGGGAGAGGCUGGAAGACGUCCGGAGGUUUUAUUCCAAAGUGUCAGACCUUCACACAGACCUCUACAGACGACCCACAAAGGCCACGGCCAACCCUCUGGUGGCAUUCACCCUCAUCAAGCGUCUGCAUUCAGAGUGGCCCAACCUGGUUUACAGCCCUGAAGCCUCAGAGAACGCAGAAGCCCUCAGGUCCAGUUACGAGCAAGAAGAGGCCAACUUGCCCAAACUGGAGGACCUGCGGGGGGCCGCCAGAGGCCUGAUGAGGCUGCAGGAUGUGUACUCUCUCCAUGUGGCCGGCCUGGCUAGUGGGCGCUUCCAGAGAGUGGCGGACGGCAAACUGGUGGACAUUUACGAACCUGCUGUGUCCGUGUCGCUAUCUGGUGACGACUGCUUCUUGGUUGGAAAGGUGGCCUAUGAACAGGAGGACUACUACCACUCGGUUCCGUGGCUGGAGGAGUCGGUGCAGCUAUUCAGAGGCGUGGGCGGAGAGUGGAGCCCCGAGAACGAGGGCACGCUGGAAGACGCUCUGGACCACCUGGCCUUCUCUCACUUUAAAACUGGAAACAUCUCCCACGCUCUCAGCCUGUCUCAGGAGUUACUGCAUCAUGAUCCGAUGAAUGGAAGAGUCUUGGAAAAUGUGGAGAAAUACGAGAGGCUACUGGUAGCGAGGCCACCCGUGUCGCUUCGUGGUCUGACUAGACCCACGUCCAAAUAUUUAAGAACCAGGAACGCUUAUGAGAGUCUGUGCCAGAUCCAAGGCUCUCAGCCAAACCACAGACUCUUCUGCGACUACUUCACCAACGGGAGCCCGGCGUUGAUGCUGAUGCCGGUAAGACGUGAAGUCCUAAGCCUGCGGCCGCGCCUGGUCCUGUACCACGACUUCAUCACAGACACUGAGUCUGAGGACAUCAAGAAGCUCGCCCAGCAGGGAUUGAGGAGAUCCGUCGUGGCAGCUGGAGAGAAACAAGCGACGGCAGACUAUCGCAUCAGCAAGAGCGCAUGGCUGAAGGGCUCGGCACACUCCAUUGUUGGGAAGCUGGACCGCAGGAUCUCGGUGCUUACGGGUCUAAACGUGACGCACCCCUUUGGCGAGCACCUCCAAGUAGUGAAUUAUGGCAUCGGUGGUCAUUAUGAACCUCACUUUGACCACGCCACAUCCCCCUCAAGUCCUGUGUUUGGGCUGAAUACUGGGAACCGGGUGGCCACCUUCAUGUUGUAUCUCAGUUCCGUCGAGGCUGGUGGAGCCACAGCCUUCAUCUACGCCAACGUCAGCGUUCCUGUUGUGAAGAACUCUGCCAUCUUCUGGUGGAAUCUGCAUAGAAACGGAGGAGGAGACGAUGACACUCUUCACGCCGGCUGCCCUGUGCUUAUUGGAGACAAAUGGGUGGCAAACAAAUGGAUCCACGAGCAUGGCCAAGAGUUCCGACACGCCUGCAGCCUGAAUCCGGAAGAGUGAGAUGGGCGGAAUGUUUUUCAGCUUCUGCAAUCGCGCCAAGCAGCUAAAGUGAAUUGCACAAACCUGAGCUGAAGUUACAAAGACGCUUUUGCGAUGAGUCUCCAGAGGUAAAAACCAGCUGUACUGGCCAGGUCCUGCAGAUGGACAUGACUGAGAGCGCUGCUGGAUUCCCUUCAUGGUCUCUAGCUCCAAACAAGCUCGUUUGGGUGGAAAUCAAACAUCCAAUAGGCAGCGGUGUCUCUUCAACUGGACCAAUGAACUCAGCACCGCCAAGCUAUGUGAAAUUGGGAAGCGUGUGAAAUGUGACACAUCGAGAGUCGUCCAGUCAUUUACCAGUUGCCCUUUUGUGAGUUGCUAAGAAAAAUCUCGAAACUUCGAACAAUGGUAUCUAAAGGUGAGCUCGAGAUGAUAAUCCAUGCCUUUGUGUCUUCUCGUUUAGACUACUGCAGAGGUAGGGAACCUAUGGCUCGGGAGCCAGGUAGGGCUCUUUUGAUGACUGUAUCUGGCUCUCAAGCAUUUCUUACCACAAUAAAAAUGUAUGUUUGCUAACAUUUUAAAGUAAACAUCACAGAAAUCACUGUUAAAAAUAAUAUUAAAAAUCAAAACUUUCUUAUGCAUUUUAAUUCGUCCAUCUAUAUUCUGCUGCAAUAUGGCCGACCAUAUCCAUCUUUCCUGAUGAUAUUUUCCAGGUCAAACACCAAAACUCGAUUAUUACUGGGUAAUGCGGUAGUCUACCUCGGUCAUUGAGAUGUCAAAAAAACAUGUAAAUGUAAACUUUCCUCCUUUAGUCAAAUAGCUAAAGCUGCAGAACCAAGCCUUCUGAUGAAGAUGGCCAAAAGAAUGAAAUACGUGUACUGAAUACGGUUCAAAACCAUGCAGCAGCAGAAGUUGUAUUAAUGGCAGCAAGUAUUUGAUUUAUUAUUAGACACUGCGCUGCUCACGAAAGUGUGCUGGCCACACCCCAUUGGCGUGGGGUAGUGUGCCUGGUCUACGUAAUUAGAGCCCAUUAUAUCUAAAACUGUUGGUCUUACAUAAAAAUGCACACAUUUUAUUGCAUUCAAUGUUUAAAAAAUGUAUAUGGCUCUCACAGAUACACAUUUAAAAUAUCUGGUCUUCAUGGCUCUCUUAGCCAAAAAGGUUCCCGACCCCUGGACUACCGCAAUAGUUUGUUUUCUUGUCUAAACAAAAAAAGAGUUGUCUCGUCUGCAACAGGUUCAAAAUUCUGCUGCGCGGUUAUUGACUCGAUGCAACAGAAGGGCUCACAUCAGGCCGAUUCUGAAAGCUCUCCAUUGGCUCCCUGUCUCAUUCCGUGUGAAUUUUAAAAUCCUGGUGCUCACUUUUAGAGCCUUGCAAGGCCAGGCCCCUGUCUACAUACGAGACUUGUUGCGUCCCUAUACCCCUAUACUCGGAGGCUGAGAUCGUUAGAUCAAAAUUUACUCAUGGUCCCUCGUAGUCGUUUUAGGACCCGAGGAGACCUAUCUUUUCAGGUUGUUGCGCCGAGGCUCUGGAAUGACCUUCCACCCUCCCUACGUUCGCUUGACUCUGUCGAUGCAUUUAAGAGUAACCUUAAAACUCACUUGUUUUUGCAGGCAUACUCAGCUCAGUAGAUUUAGGGUACUAUGACCAUCAUAUAUUUAUGUCUAUUUUAUUGUAUACUGUUUGUAUGUACUGUUUUAUGUCUAUUUUUAUUGUACAUUGUUUUAUUGUAUUUUUUUUUAUGUGUAUUUUAACUCUGUGUUUUGCCUUUUGUGAAGCACUUUGUGACUUCUGUCUGAGAAAGGUGCUAUAUAAAUAAAACUUACUUACUUAC